CUCCGAGGAUCAAGCAGUAAUAUUAUCUAAACGUAGAAUGGCUUUUCCACAUCCUCAUCACCCUUUUCUUGACCCGCAUUACGAGAGAUUUGGUCCCGGAGACUUUAGAGGUAUGAUCCACUCGGAUAUCGAAGCCUCCGCGAUAUAUCAUCCCGAGGUCCGGGAGAUGGAACACCUGGAACGACUUAUGGCCGAGUCCUCAAUUCACCCCCGCCUCGAUCUGGUGCCGUAUCACCCGGCGAUGCAACUUCCGGGUGCUGAUGUGCAUGAACUCGCCCUACUUGACCACGAAAAUGAGAGGAUGCGCCAUCUGCAUUCCCUCAACGCCCACAACGAGAUGAUCUACUUGCGAGACCGUGAGCUGGACGAAAUGCAUCUGAUGGAUCGUGAAAGACAUCUCGACUCGAUCAAUCAUCAACGCACUAUAGCCUUAGAGGAUGAAUAUCGGCUGCGACAAGGACAUGGUCUAGCGUCAGGAUAUGGACCCAUCGACGGCUCUACGGGAUACGGCCUCACUCACCCCUACCCUGCUACGAUGAUGUCACACCCGAGCUAUCAUAGCCAAUCGUUGCUUUAUCCCGGAGUCAUGGCCGAUCCAUAUUAUCAACAGAUGACUUCUACAUUACCCCGAAGCCUGCCGAUGUUUUCAGAUCCAUAUUUCAUGAAUCAAAUGGCCUUCGCUGGGAGCAGGAACGUCCAUAGUACUCUUCCUCUCAACUACACCAUGCAGAAUCCUUUCUUACACGGUAUCGACCACGAUUACGGCUAUGGCGCGAUCGGUCCUCUAACAAAUUAUGGCCUGGUUGCCCGAUCCCCGCCCCGGGAGUAUGGACAGAUGCUCGACGAUCUUUAUCUUUAUGAAAUGAUGCUUCGCCUCGAUCGUGCGCUGGACGAGGGAGAAAGGAUACUGAGAUGGCGGGAGCGUCUUGCGUGGGAGGAACUCGACUUGGCGGAAAGAAGAUUACUUUGGGAACAGAUGAACAUGAUGGAACGUAGUCGACUGGGUCUUGGAAUGGGCUCUUUCUGGGGCCAUCAGUUGGGUGGAUUACCAAUCAACUCAACUUUUGGGUAUGCAAGCCCAAUACUGGCCGAAGAGGUCAUGGUCCCAUACGGAAGAGCACCAAUCAUGGGCGUAUUGGAUGGGCCUCAUUACCCACUUUCAUCUCCUUUGAUGCCGACGUACCCAAUGUGGGAUGUCGGCGGUCUUGGUGUUGGAGCUAGAAUCUCACCUUGGCUUGCCGGAAACGACAUGUUCCUAAGCCCCCGUCAGCUUGCCAGACAAGAGAAUAUACGGCGCGAAUACGCUGAGCGGCGGGGUGAAAUACCACCAGGCCCCCGGUUCAUCGAGGCUGAUGAGAUGUCAAAUCUGAUCGAGAGCCAAAUGCUUCGACCAAAACAUCUCAUUCGACAAGAGAAUAUUCGUCGCGAAUACGCUGAGCGAAGAGGCGAAAUCCCUCCUGUCCCUCGACUGAUCGAACCCGGUAGGAUGGGCGCAGGUAUACCGCUUUAUGCUGCUUGUUCCGAAAAUUACCGAGUUUAUUGACCAAGACCAGGCCUAAAAGAUAUUCCCCCCUACCUCAGUAGCAUCCGGCGUUAUGCGGCUGAUUCAGUCAACGCGUUGCCCCAUAUGUUCCUCUCUGGCAAAAUCUCAAGCCUUUUGGCAUAAUGUAUAGUCUUAUAGCCUAUGUAAUUCAAUAAAAUCCUAACCCCCCCACUCUCCCAAAUGGCCCUAUCCCCCUUCAUUUCUAGCUAUUAAUAGGGCUGGCGCCGGCCAAGA